AUGAUUGAGACUACAACUUUGAAUACUGGAGCCAAACUUCCACUUUUUGGUUUGGGAACUUGGCAAUCGAAGGAUGAAGCUGAGUUUAAACUUUCGCUUCGAGCAGCCUUAGAUGCUGGAUAUCGAUUGAUUGGUUAGUCGAGGACUUUUAAUUAUUGCUUAAAAAUUAUUUCAGACACCGCAUUUGUUUAUCAAAAUGAGGCAUUCAUCGGAGAAAUUCUUGAAGAAUACAUCCAAUCUGGAAAAAUAAAAAGAGAAGAGCUUUUCAUCACCACAAAACUUCCAUUCACUGCUCAUUCUCCACUAGAUGUUGCAAAAUGUGUUGAACUUCAAUUAAAAAUGUUGCGCCUUGAUUAUGUUGAUUUGUAUUUGAUCCACUCGCCUACAGGCUUCAAACAUCAGCCUGAUAGUUAUUGGCCAAUUAUUGAAGAUGGAUUAUUUGCGAAUGAUACUACUCCACAUAUUGAGACAUGGAGAGAAUUGGAGAAAUUGUAUCAUUCUGGAAAAUUGAGAGCUUUGGGAGUUUCGAAUUUCAGUGCUAAACAAUUGCAAGCACUUUAUGAUGCGGCUGAAGUCAAACCAACUAAUUUACAAGUAGAACUUCAUAUUUAUUGGCCACAAGAAGAACUUCGAACACUUUGUAACAAGCUAAAUAUGACAUUAACAGCUUAUGCUCCUUUAGGAUCACCUGGUCGGAAAAGUUCGAGACCUGACGGUGAUUGGCCGGAAGGUGAUCCACUCCUCGAACCGAUUGUUACAAAACUCGCGGAAAAAUAUCACAAAUCAGCUGCACAGAUUUUAUUGCGACAUGCUACUCAAAAAGGAAUUUCGGUAAUUCCGAAAUCUACGAAUCCGAAAAGAAUCGUUGAAAAUAUCUCGAUUUUUGAUUUCAAAUUGUCGCCUGAAGACAUGGAAGAAUUGAGCGGAGGCAUCAAAAAUCACAUUAGAUUAUUUUUGCAUGAAUAGUGAGUUUGCUAAAACUAACAAUUAAAAAUGAUGAUUUAUAUUUGCAGCUCUGCUCAUCAUCCAUUCUAUCCACUUGAUGACGUCGACACAUCAAAACUAGAAAAAGUUGUUCUUCACAUUUAA